AUGCCGGUUGGAGAAAGUCGUAUGCAUCCACAGUGGAAAGCAUUCAGUCCACUGAGUUUGUCCACACUACAACAGUUGGGAGAGGAUCGACUAAAACGAGGAAGUGUUAUUCCCAGAAUUUUUGAUGCAAUCGAGUUUGCCGUGGUUCAAGAACAACCUGAUGCACUUAUGAGCGUUAUCCACAGCGAAGAUGGAUCUCACAUUGUAAUCAAACUUUCGCUCAUCAUCCCUAUAGUUCUGUUAAAUGCUGCGGGUGUCUUGUACAGCGAGCGCUUGGUCCAUGAUCAGAAACAUGAUGGAUCGGCCGCCAAUGGUGGAAAAUUGACCGGCACACACAAAUGA